CCACCCCUUGGCUUCUGCUAUCAUCUCCCAUCGAGUCACCGGCAUCUCUCACCCAUGUUCGCCCACCUUCCCGUCGACGUCUGGCUCAGCAUCCUGCAACACCUUCAGGUGGAGGACAUCCUCGUUCUCGAGCGUGUCUCAAAACGCUUCCACAGCUUCAUCGAACAACGCAGCAUCUGGAGCGACGCAUACAAGCGCUCCCUCCUCCCCCGCCCGCCAGGGCCCUUUCCCUCCCAGUCGACGCGCGACCUGCGCUCCGCCCUCAUCAAGAGCGCCCGCCUCGACCGGUGCUGGCCCCCAUCACCUACCCAGCCUCCCGCGUCCGUCCUCCCGCUCGACCUAUGCAAACACGCGCGCCACUUCAGCCUCGUCCUCGAUCGCUGGCUCUUCUACACCUGCUGUCCCUUGAGCAACCACGCCCACCCCGUCGAUGCCGCUGCCUCGGCCGCUCUCACCCCCGAGAUUCUCUAUAUCGACCUCCACUCGUCCGACAAGCGUUCAUAUCCCGUGGCAUGCGAUGCGUUGCCCAGCGGGAUCUCGUUCUUCACGUGCGUUGGCACACCCAGCCCCGAUCCCGACGUGGACGCAGGCGGGCUCGCGUUCGCUGUCGUCGAGGACCGCGUUUCUCGGACUGUCCGGAUAUAUCGAGUGUCUCUCCCUUACGACGAGGGCGAGAACGAUGAGCAAAUGUCGAGUGUAGGACCCUCUCUCAAGCUCGUGAAGGAGAUCGCAGCGUGCGAUGUGAACCUGCGUGACGGCGCUGUCAUGCUCGCGCCCGGGGCACUGGUAGUGCAGGGCCACAGGGUGCACUACCGCCAGUCGUUCGCGCACGUGUGGGUUAUGCACACCCGCACGCUUGCGCUAUGGAAGCUGCCCGUGUGUGCAACGACCGCCAUGGACAUCCCACUCUCCCAGCUCCUCUCAAUGCACUUCACGCCCACGCAUCUCCUCGCAGUGCUCUCGACCCGUGCGUCGAACGACACACGCGAUCUGUUCAGUUUUGUGCCUGCCAUCUUGGAGGCGUAUCCGCUCCCGCUCCCCGAGACCUGCGCACACGACGAGCGCCCGCUGCAGGCCUCGCACGUGUUCAGAUGCAGACCCGCGCCCGCACUACAAGCGCAGAUGGUGUCGGCGAGCGCGAGCAGGGACGUCGGGACCCGGUGCGUGCGCUGAAGCAGGCGAUGUAUCCGGCGCAAAACGAGAAGGAUAAAGAAGGCGAAGAGGAAGACACGCUCGUCCUUCCGCUCGUGUACCGCAAACACCCCUGCGUGCACCUUUCCCUCGCGCGUCUCGGCCCCUUCCCGCUUCCGCUUCUUCCACACAUGCCCUCCUCGUCUUCUUCAUAUACAUCCAUUGCAUCUCCCACCCCCAACGCCCGAGAAUCGGCAAGAGAUGAAGUGGAGGGGCCCAUCGAGGGCGAGCUGCUCGUUUCGUCCCUUCUCGCGAUCCCCAAGCUCGAUCUGCCCCGCAGCUGCGCACAGCCGUUUGCGCUGGGCGCGACGCAGCGCGCGCUGAUGCAGUACGGGUACGGCGAGACGUGGGCGGCGGGUGUGGCGUUUGCCAACUACGAGUACGGUGGCGCUGCCACCGUCACUGCCAAAGAGGUGCGGGAGGUAGUCGACGCCGAAGGGGAGACAAUGAGCAAAGAGGAAGUCGAGGAGGGGGAAGAGAGUGUUAAGAUCCCCGGGCUGCCCGCAUUCGAGGCGCUGGAGUGCUUUGAUGGUGCG